AUGCGCAGGUUUUGGGAUCCAAUACUUAAGACUAUACCAAUGCUGAGGGCAUCGGAUCAAUGGUGGAGAUCCAUAGACAUUCUCAUAGGCGCUCACGAGAUGAUUGGCAGCGAUUCCCAUAGAGAUGCCGUCCGUAUUAGACAAUUGUGUUUCUCGUAUAGUAAUUGCGAUCGCAUUCUCGAUGACAUCGAGCUAUCGGUGCCGAAGACUCGGAUCUAUGGCCUGUUAGGGCCCAGCGGUUGCGGCAAAACUACUCUAUUAAAGUGCAUAUUGGGUCGCCUAAAGCCGGACAGCGGAGACAUAUGUAUAUUUGGUGACAAACCGAGCAAAUGUCAUAUACCCGGAGCCGGUGUCGGAUAUAUGCCCCAAGAGAUAGCCCUAUACCAGGAUUUCACAAUUGGGGAACUUCUCAGAUAUUUCGGCAGAAUAUUUGCUAUGAAUUGCCGGGAAAUUGAGGCUAAAAUCCAGGAACUCAUCGAUUUGUUACAAUUGCCAAAGAAAAGCACAUUAAUUGGAAAAAUAUCGGGUGGCCAACAGAGGCGGACAUCCCUGGCCUGUGCUCUCAUACACUCCCCGCCGCUAUUAAUACUAGACGAGCCAACGGUGGGCACCGAUCCUAUACUGCGGCAGACAAUAUGGUAUCACUUGAAGUGGUUGUGCCGCUCGGGUCUCACCAUAAUCCUGACCACACAUUACAUAGAGGAGGCGCGCAGUGCGGACACAGUGGCCUUCAUGAGGUGCGGAAAAAUACUGGCCGAAGACAACCCCAACCUAUUGCUCGACAAAUACCUGAUGACCAGUUUGGAGGACGUAUUCCUCCGGUUGUGUCAUUUGGACGGCAAGAUUGGCAACAAUUCGGACGACAUAUCGCUUCUCACGAGUGAUAAAAAAGAGACAAAAAUAUAUUACAAAAACCAAUUAUCUCUGGAGGAGAAGGAGGACACGAUCGGCACGACAACUGUCCCGUCGGUGAACUCGAGUUCAAAGUCGUCGUCGUUGAUACUGCAGAGCAGCGCCGGAAGCGCUGAUUGUGAUAAUAAAAGUACGGAUCAAAGUCUGGAUAUGAAUGGCAUAACAAGCGAUAACAAUAUCCAUAAUAAUAAUAAACACAAUAAUUGUGUUUACAUUAAGAUAACUGAUGAGAGCGUUGUCACCACAAAGACAGUCAACACCACAUCAGAGGCGACAACACUUGACGUCACCGAAAAGCUGUUGCUGUCGACCACUGGAACCAAUGCGGAGACUGUCCUCAGCAUUAAAAACUCGCGGUUCACUCAAAGAUGUUCUGCGCUGUUGAGGAAGAAUUUCCGGCGUUUGAGCCGAAAUUGGGGUCAAUUGUUGUUUUUCAUAGUACUUCCGGCCCUACAGGUGGCCCUCUUGUUGAUCAGUAUCAGCUCCGGGCCGACAGACCUCAAUCUGGCCGUCAUUGACGAAGAGUCGCGUAACAAUCGCACCAACAAUUGGGGCGAACUGUUCCUCCAAUGUCUGGACAAUCGGACCUUUAAUAUCAAACAUUACGACUCCUUCGAGGCGGCCAUCGGAUCGGUAGAGUCGGGCCACUCGUACGCUGCCGUCGAGAUUAACGACCGAUUCUCUGCG